GACUGGAGAAUGGCCCCACCUCCUUUGCCUCAGUCAAGAUCUUACAGCACACCUUUACUAUAAAAAGACACUGGGCUACUUGAAAUCUCUCAGCUAAGAAUUCGGAUCUCUGACAUCUGGAUUAAUUCGCUUUCCAGGAUUCCUGCUAUGAUUUCUGCAAAGCACCAGAUGUUCCCUAAAAUGGCUCAAAAAUUAACAGAAGAGGAAGAGGACUACCAUGACAAUUCUUCUCUAUUACCUGACUCAGGUCCACGUGUAUUUAAAAUAUUGCCCAAAUGGGUUUCAAAGGCCUCCUACUAUUUUGACAAAGAACAUUAUUGUUAUAUGGACCAUCAGAUCGUCAUUCAAGAAUCCAUUGAAUGCUUUGGAGCUGUAGUGUGGCCUGCUGCCCUUGCUUUAUGUCAGUAUCUGGAAUCAAAUCAAGAGGAAAUUAACUUCAAAGAAAAGAAAGUCCUUGAAAUUGGAGCUGGGACAGGUCUAGUGUCUAUUGUGGCAAGUAUAUUAGGAGCUUUUGUCACAGCUACUGACUUGCCUGAGGUGCUUGCAAACUUGGAGUUCAAUAUUACUAGGAAUACAGAGAAUCUAGACGUUCACAAGCCUGAAGUGAGGAAGCUUAUUUGGGGCACGAAUCUCUCUGAAGACUUUCCCAAAGCAACCCACCAUUAUGAUUUCAUUGUGGCUACUGAUGUUGUCUACCAUCACACAGCUCUAGAUUCUCUGCUGGAUACACUUCACUACUUAUGCCAGCCUGGGACAACGUUGCUUUGGGCAAAUAAAUUUAGAUUCAGCACAGAUUAUGAAUUUUUAGACUCAAUGAGCAACAUAUUCAAUAUUACCCAGCUAGCGGAAUUUCCCGACUCAAGUAUCAAGUUGUUCAAAGGCACCAUCAAAGAGAAUUAAAAGGAGAAGGCAGAAUCCAGAUUGAAGUGCAAAAGCAGAGACCUUAGCAGAAGAGUCUGAUUCUUAAACUUUCAAGACGUAACCCUUUCGUUUAAACUUAGUUGGAGCUUUUCUCAAAGACAAGUUGUUUCAACAAAAGAAUAGUUAAUAGGAAGCCUGGAUCUCUUGGUUAUGCUUUUUCCUCUUAGUUAUGCCCAUGUCCAGCAUCUGACACAUUCUGGCAUUCCUUCAGUAGUCCCCAACUUUUUUGGGUUCAUGGAAGCCAACUUUUCCACGGACUGGGGGAUUAGCGCAGGGGUGCUAUUCAGCAGGUUUGGGAGAACUGGUAGCGGAAUUUUUGAGUAGUUUGGAGAACCAGCAAAUACCACCUCUGGCUGGCCCCAGAGUGGGGUGGGAAUGGAGAUUUUGCAAUAUCCAUCCCCUAGGAGUGGGGAGGGAAUGGAGAUUUUGCAGUAUCCUUCCUGUCACGUCCACCAAGCCAUGCCCACAGAACCGGUAGUAAAAAAAAUUGAAUUCCACCACUGGAUUAGUUUUUGCUUGCUCACCUGCCGCUCACCUUCAGCUGCGCGGCCUGGUUUCUAACAGAACACAGACCGGUACAGGUCCAUGGUCCAGAAGUUGGAGACCCCAGGUUUAAUAGAUAUUUAUAAAUGAAAGCUUGAAACUCUAUGUAUCUAAUCACAUUGUUGGAUUAGAAACAGAAAGGAGAGGAGGUCCAUUUUGA